UCAGUCUCGACUUAAAAGUCUUACAAGACUUUGAGAUGAAGUUGCUGCUAUUACUCAGCCUCGCCACCCUGGCAUUGGGCCAGCAGACUUUCGAUACUCAAAAGUUAACUGAAACCAACGACGUGCCCCAGGCCACGAGCAUCCUUCGGCAGGUUGAACCCGACCCGGGGGCUCAGCCAAUCACUGAUAAAAAACUCGAUAAACGGAGCCACGGCUGGGGAGGCUGGUCGGGUGGUCAUGGUCAUGGCUGGCCAUCAUAUGGGCAUGGCUGGGGACAUGGCUACGGUCAUGGCUACGGUCACGGACACUACGGCGGCUGGAGCGGCGGCUGGGGAGGUUGGGGUGGCCACGGAUGGUACGGGGGCUGGUACCCGGGUUGGCCAUGGUGGUACGGUUGGCACGGUGGCCAUGGAUCGCAUGGAGGUUGGCACAGCAAAUGGUAAAAGAAAUUUCUCUAAUUUCUACCAUCGAGAAGAUCCCAGCGGCUUCUGAGCGCGCGGGCUCCCAUUUUCGCGCUUACCACGCGUCGUAAAAAACCCUCGCGGAUGUUUACGACUCUUAUUUUACCAACGCACGAUAAAUUAUCGGCGGAUUACCAUGAUUAAAGAAAAGUUUUGAAAUUCAUGAAAGCUGGUACGAAAAUAGGUAGAAAAUUGUCCCAAAAUUUCGUACGAUUUAAGUUUGAAUGGAAAGUUGUUUUUUUUCCACCCUGAUGAUCGACGUGCCCACCAUUAAGCAAAACUCGAGUUUGGUCCUCGCGACGUUUUUAUCUGAAUAAUCGACCACUCAUUGUCAAAUAAUUAUCUCCAAAUCUCGUGCCCUUAUCUCCUUUUUAGUUUAAAUGUACACUUAAGUUUACCAUGUCGAAAGACGUAAAAAAAAUUGUCUGACACCAGGAAACUCAUGUUCUGAGGAACUGCGAAUUCAUGUAACUAAAUAAUAAUAAAAGUUUUUCAAGCUUUAACAAGAAAAAAA